CCUGACCUUCUGGUGCUGCCUGUGUGCGCCUGAGGUGGAACCAGGGGACAGAGCGCGGCUGGAAGCCCGGAGUGGAGGCCCCGGGGCCAGCCAGCCUCCUUGGCCCAAGUCAUGGCAGCAGAAGCCACCGGAGAAGCCAGAGUGAUUCCCAAAUCUGGAACUGGGGGGCUCAAGCCGUGGCAGGCGAUCAGUCCAGCCCAGCCUGGCCAGGCAAGUCUAUCCCAGAAGGCGGCCCAGCCGGGCCACCUACCUCCAGACUGGCACCAGGAGAAGUCCCAGAAGCCGAGAGGUCUUCUCAAGGAGCUGGGCGCCUUCCACAUUGUCAUCGCUCUGCUCCACGUGUUCCUCGGGGGUUACCUGAUCUCUACAGUCAAGGACCUUCACCUGGUGGUGCUGAAGUCCUGGUAUCCAUUCUGGGGAGCUGCCUCUUUUCUCAUUUCAGGGAUCUCGGCAAUAGCAAUGGACACGGUUUUGAAAACAUACCUGAAGAUGUUGUGCCUGAUAACAAACAUCACCAGCUUCUUCUGCGUCCUGGCCGGCCUCUUUGUCAUGGCCAAGGAUUUGUUUCUGGAGAAUCCGUUUGAGUCCCCGAUCUGGAGACCGUACCCCAACAGCACAGUCCACAUCCAGAGGCUGGAGCUGGCCCUGCUCUGCUUUACCUGCCUAGAGCUCUUCCUGCCCGGGCCCACAGCUGUCAUAGCCUACAGGGACCGCUGUCUGUCUGCAGAGGAGGAUGACUUGUUUCUUGUUCCUGACACAAACGUGUUCAGGGCGCCUCCACCAUCUUAUGAGGACGUGGUUCAAGGUGACACACAAGAGGAACAAACGCAGAGUGGUUGCUCGGAGAGCUUGUGAAGCGAGCCAGAGAUGGGUCCUUGGAGCCCAGGAGGCCUGGCCUUCCCUAGACUCAACCUACUAAGAGUUUCUGGGGGAACUGUGGGUCUGAAUUCAUGGCUUCAGGGUGGGAGCAGCAGAGGGCUGAGGCGGACAGAAACCAUGGCCGGUUCCUCCCUCCUAAACCAGCAACGGCUCUGCCUGCCUCCCUGGGCGUCAGUGUCUCCAUCUGUGCCCUAAGGGGUCGAGUGGAUGAAGUGACCAGGACCUCCCCACUGGAAAGCUCUGAGAUCAGGAGUCGAAUUCCGGAUUCCGGUGGCGACAUCCAAGGUUGCCAACGAAACUUCAGAAUUCCACACCUACUUGUGCUAAGUAAAGACGGUGAGGGAGAGAGAACUGCCUCCCUCAUUUCGCAAAUCUCAGUCAUCCAGGACAAUCUUCGUGACUUUUGCUUAUUUGUAAAUUGUGCUCUGUUCCGUUUAUGUUUUCUUAAGUUGAUUUUUUUUAUCAUAUAAUACUAUUUUAGAAGGGUACUUUGUAUCAGCAACAAACAGGAAGUCCUAUCCUUCCAUAAAAAGAAGCUAACCACAAAAAUAAUGUAAACACAGUGAAAAUAAAGCAAA